CCAGAGCAAGAAAAAGAUUUAAAGGCAUGUCAUCAUUGUUUUUCCACUAAAGCUCACAUUUUUCCAUUCCUUCAUAAAAUCCUUACACACUUAUAUCCAUUUCUUCACCAUCUGAAUGGCAUCAAAAUUAUUCAGUGCUCAUCUAGCACUAUUGAUCAUCAUGGCUUUCAUGCCCUCACCUCUGCUUUCAUCAUACUCAGAGGCAGAAUCCACUCCCAGAGUUCCCACUCUCUCAUCUUCACCAGCAUCACUAUCAGAUCCUCCUCCAUCUUCACUCUCUCCUUUCCAAGUGUUGUCCCCAGACAUUUCUCCACUGUUACCUUCUCCAGGUGGGGCAUUACCAACUCCUGCAGGCUCUGACAUUCCCAACAUUCCUUCCAAUCCAAGCCCUCCAAACCCAGAUGAUAUCACUGCUCCUGGACCUCUUUCUGCAUUUUCACCACUUGGACCAAUUCAGCCUUCCUCCAAUGCUCCUAGAAGUCUACUUUGUAACUUAGCCACCACUGCUUUUGCAGUUUUAGCAACAUGCUUGUCUAUGCAGUAUAUGAGAGUAUGAGUGAUUUUGGGGUGUGGUAGAUUCCAAUUAUGAGCAACAAAGUUUUUCCUACUAAGUAUUCACACAGCUACAUUCACAGGGACUCAAAACUGAGACUUCUACUUGGUGAAGAUUCCAAAUAUUGUACACUAGAUUCUCAUUCUUGUAUGUUGAUUUUUCAUUCUUACCUUGUAGUAUAUGAUGGCAUAAUGAAACCCUGUUUCUCUAUCAAUUGGGUUGAGAAUAAUUUCCAACAAUAUCAAUUUUUAUUUAUUUAUGAUGAUUCAAUCUACUGUUGAUUUCA